AUGGGGCUCGGACAGUCCAGUAAGACUCCGGCGGCGGACGAUACGGACGAGGUAAAUUUUGACCAUUUCCAGAUCUUGAGGGCCAUUGGAAAAGGGAGUUUUGGGAAGGUCUGCAUAGUGCAGAAGAAAGACACCAAGAAGAUGUACGCCAUGAAGUACAUGAACAAGUUGAAAUGCGUUGAGCGGAACGAGGUGAGGAACGUCCUGAAAGAGCUCCAGAUCAUGCAGAACCUCGAGCACCCUUUCCUGGUCAAUUUCUGGUAUUCCUUCCAAGAUGAGGAGGACAUGUUUAUGGUGGUGGACCUGCUCCUGGGUGGAGACCUGCGCUAUCACCUUCAGCAGAACGUUCACUUCUCAGAGAGCACGGUGAAGUUCUACGUCUGCGAAAUAGCCCUGGCUCUGGGGUACCUGAGAAGCAAGCGCAUCAUACACAGAGACAUCAAACCUGACAAUAUACUACUGGAUGAGCAUGGGCACGUCCACCUAACAGACUUCAAUAUUGCCGCAAUUGUAAAGGAUGACCUUAAAGCAACGUCCAUUGCAGGAACCAAACCAUACAUGGCUCCUGAGCUGUUCCAGGCCAUCGAAGGGUCCCACCCUGGCUACUCCUUCUCUGUCGACUGGUGGUCGCUGGGAAUUACAGCCUAUGAACUAUUAAGAGGACAGAGACCAUAUGUGAUGAGGUCCAAUACGCCCGCAAAUGAAAUCCUUCAAACUUUCCACAAGGUCCAUCCCAGUUACCCAGCAGCCUGGUCUUUGGAGAUUAAAUCUCUUAUUAGAAAGUUGCUAUGCAUGGAUGUCCAGAAGCGCAUUUCCUGUCUGGCAGAGCUUCAGGAUCUGGACUACAUGUCAGACGUCAACUGGGACGCAGUGCUCAGCAAACAGCUUCCUCCAGGCUUUAUACCUAAUAGACGUAGGCUAAACUGUGACCCCACGUUUGAGCUGGAGGAAAUGAUCCUGGAGUCCAAACCACUUCACAAGAAAAAGAAAAGGCUCGCUAGAAAGACCAGAGACCAGGGCUCCGAUGGGUCCCCUCAGAAUGGGCAGUUACAGCAGCGUUUGGAUAACGUCCAGAGAGACUUUAUAGUCUUCAACAGAGAAAAGUCAAGAAAGGCCUUGGUGAGCACUCCAGAGUUGUCCACGAGUGAGAAGAACAAGGCAAUAGAAGACGGACAGAACAACAAUGUUGAGCCGGCUGCUUAUUUAUCAGGGUAG